CUUGCAAGAAUACUAUUUCGGCUGAUCAAUUCCUACAGCCACUUCAUCCCAUUUGGCAUCCUCACUCUCCACACUUUGUCACAAGCAACUGUCAAAUCGCAACGCCUCAGAUACUUUCUUAUUUGCGAUAAAAAUCAAUAGUGGGUCAGCUUAAGCUUGUAUCAACUUGCAGCAGCCUGCCCUAUAGAACACGCAAACCACAUCACCAUCGACGCACGUCACUGCAACCACAAUGACCUCAUAUCCUGAUGCGAAGUCGCCCACGCUCAUCGUUGCCACACCCACCGCCGGUGAGGAACAUGCAGCCCGGCUACUCAAUGAGACCGAAUGGAGGGGUGCCUUGACCUGCAAUCAGUACCUGGCCCGUGAAAUUUACAUGGAAUCUGUUCCGCUUGCUGUAAAUGGCGGCAAGAGAUCUUGGAUCCUGACCGAAGAGGGUGUUGUGCCAGAUGCGCGACCUAUUCUUUCGAGCUGUGAAACCUGGAAGAAGAAGACAUUAUACACACAAGAAGGCUCAUCUGCUGUUGUAGAAGGCUGGGUAUACGGUAUUGGCAGCGUUUACACAGAUCCCAGAUACAGAGGUCGGGGCUACGCAAGCCGCAUGUUCCAUCUGUUGAGGAAGAUGCUGCAGAACGGCGUGGACAAAGACAAGCAGGGCGAGCUGAUCAAGCCGAUGGGUAGUGUGCUCUGGAGUGAUAUUGGCAAAUCGUUUUAUGCCAAACUCGGAUGGGAGCCGCACGCCAGUGCUCAUGCAGCUUUCCCCGCAAGCCAAAAGGUAGAGGGCGCUACAGAUUUGGCCUGGGGUACAAUCACAUAUGAGAACUUGGAGACCUUUGUGAACCUGGACUGCGACUUGAUGCGGCAAUCGAUAGCUGCAAAGACCGAGCUUGAACAACAUCAGUUUGCCCUACUACCAGAUUCCGAUACAGUGCGCUGGCGCCUGUACCGAGAUGCAUGGAUUGCGGAGCAAAUCAUGCCAGGCAAGAGCGAGGAGAAAGUGCACGGUGUCUGGGCUGGGGUAGAGGGAAAUCGUGUCUGGGCUAUAUGGUCGAGGGCCUACAGCGACGAUCCAUUACAAGUUGAGAAGAAUACAUUGAAUAUCCUGCGGCUGGUUAUUGAGGAUGAGUCGGCAUCCACAGAAGAGUUGGCCGCGUCAUUGACGGUGAUUCUGCGGGAAGCAGUGCAGGCAGCAGCCAAGUGGAAACUCGGAACUGUGGUCAUGAACAAUCCUACAUCAGCAGUUAAGGAUGCUCUAGAGAAGAGUGGGAUCUCUUUCAAGAUUGCAGAGAGGGAAAGCUACAGUGUUCCGAGCUUGCUUGUCUUUGGGAAGGAUAGCAAGGAUUUCGACUGGGUGGGAAAUGAAAUGUAUGGAUGGUGCUAACGAUGGAAGCUAUGUUAUCUAGCCUUUUACUAUAAUUUUUCAUUGUUAUAUGACGCUGAAAUUUUUCGAACAUUGAUACGUAUCUGGGAUGAUUUCUCUGACCAGGCAUCAACUAACAUUCUGGAAUGAUGUCAUUUUGCACUGACUACACAAACCCAUUUACGCUGCUUAGCAUUAAUGCGAGAGACUAAUCAAAGCCAU